CUCUUCUCAGGGCUGCAGUGACCCUUUUAUUAAUCAAAUUAAGCAGUAAGGAAGAGUCCAAAUCUGCCUCUGACAAAUAUAUAAAAUCAUAAAGGCACAGCUCAUGGUUCUGCAGAGCUAAUGAAGAACAUCUUGUAACAAAGUUUUCAAGAUUCAUGAUGAUACAGUUACUUGACAAUCACCACUUUUUUGGGGGUCACAUCAAUCUUUUAUUCAGAUAAGUUAUGAUCCUGGAGUUCCAGAUUUCUUAAUACUAUGAAUUGUGUCUUUCGGUUUUUGGUUUCGUGUCUCAACUGCAGAGAACAGACUUUCAGUCAUGUCAAAUGGUCCCUGUUGCAUUAUGACCGCUCAUUUGCAUGAGUAGUUGGUGUAGUCUCAGAAGAGCUUAUCUGUUCAAAGGGUUGCACAACAGCCUACUCUCUUUCAGUUGGAUGGUACCUUGAUAGAUACAUUGGUAAUUGUUGAUCUUAUACUGAGGAGCCUUGUACAAGGAGAGGUGCUUAUAUUGCUGUCCUGAAGAAGAACACCAGAGUGUGAGGAGGAUGGAGCGCCUGGCCUCCUUCAGCAAUGACCCUUUUGAUAAGCCCCCUUGCCGAGGCUGCUCUUCCUACCUCAUGGAACCUUACAUCAAAUGUGCAGAGUGUGGGCCUCCUCCCUUUCUCCUGUGUUUGCAGUGUUUCACACGAGGAUUUCAGUAUAAGAAACACCAGAGUGAUCACACCUAUGAAAUUAUGACAUCUGAUUUUCCUGUCCUGGAUCCCAGCUGGACAGCUCAGGAGGAAAUGGCACUUCUAGAAGCAGUGAUGGAUUGUGGAUUUGGAAACUGGCAGGACGUAGCCAAUCAGAUGUGCACAAAAGCAAAGGAGGAGUGUGAGAAACAUUAUAUGAAACACUUCAUCAACAAUCCCUUGUUUGCAUCUACGUUGCUGAACUUGAAACAGGUAGAAGAGGCACAAAACGCUGAUUCGGCCAUUCCGUUCCACUCUGCCGAUGAUCCUCCACGGCCUACCUUUGAUUCCUUGCUCUCCAGGGACAUGGCUGGGUACAUGCCAGCUAGAGCUGACUUUAUUGAGGAGUUUGACAACUAUGCUGAAUGGGAUUUGAGAGAUAUAGAUUUUGUGGAAGAUGAUUCAGAUAUUUUACAUGCUUUGAAGAUUGCAGUUGUAGAUAUCUAUCACUCCAGGUUAAAGGAGAGGCAGCGGAGAAAAAAAAUUAUAAGAGACCAUGGCCUCAUCAAUCUCAGAAAAUUUCAGAUUCUGGAGAGACGAUACCCAAAGGAGGUCCAAGAUCUUUAUGAAACAAUGCGACGGUUUGCAAGAAUUUUAGGCCCAAUUGAGCAUGAUAAGUUUAUUGAAAGCCAUGCAUUGGAAUUUGAACUGCGAAGGGAAAUAAAGCGUCUACAGGAAUACAGGACGGCAGGAAUCACUAAUUUCUGUAGUGCGAGAACUUACGAUCGCCUCAAGAAGACACGAGAGGAGGAGCGCCUAAAGCGCACUAUGCUUUCCGAAGUCCUCCAGUACAUCCAGGACAGCAGUGCCUGCCAGCAGUGGCUCAGUCGACAAGCUGACAUUGAUUCUGGCCUCAGCCCAACAAUCCCAGUUGCUACAAAUUCAGGUAGACGGAGUGCCCCCCCACUGAACCUCACGGGUCUCCCAGGCACAGAGAAACUAAAUGAGAAGGAGAAAGAGCUCUGUCAGAUGGUGAGAUUGGUCCCUGGAGCCUAUUUAGAAUAUAAAGCUGCUUUAGUGAAUGAGUGUAACAAGCAAGGAGGCUUGAGACUAGCCCAGGCUAGAGCACUCAUCAAGAUCGAUGUCAACAAAACCAGGAAAAUCUAUGACUUCCUGAUUCGAGAAGGAUACAUCACCAAAGCCUAGACACGUUAGAUGCCUUGGAAUAAGCAACAUGUUGUAAAUGUGGAGAUGGCUUUGAAGUAUCUGUCAGUACUGAAAGUUCUUUACUUUGGUGAAUCAAGGACUAUUUUUGUGUGCGUGUACAAAAAGUAGAAAACUUUGUCCGAUUAUCUGAAUGCUGACCUUUCUCGGUCUGGUUUUCUUUUGAUUCUGCUGGAUAACACUCUUGUUGUCAUUAUCAUGCCAUCAUGUACGCUGAAGGAAUUGUGUGCAUUGUAAGCGAACAUUAAACAUGAGUAGGCAUUCAUUUCAAA